UACUGGUAAAAACAAAAAAAAAUUGUCGUUUCUAAAGAAAAAUAGCUUAUACAUUUUUGGAUUAUAUAAAAUUCAACCGAGUAAAAAUUAGUAAACCAAACAGAAUCAAAGAAAUGAUUACGGCAGCAAAAAAAAUGAAAGGGAGCGAUGGUAAAACCGGAGGAUUGCGGCAUCUCGCUGGAGCGUCAGAAGUGGAUGAGUCUGACGAGGAGCGCGAGCUGACAAAUUUAAACUGGCUACUCAGAAACCAAAAUCUAUCGUGGCCAAAAACAAUUGAUGUGAACUCUGAGGAUGAUGUUAAUGGCCAGGUCGGCAGCAAUCGGAGCCUGUCCACGGCAGCAGCAGAAGGUGUCAAUGCACAGAAGAAACCAAAGGCUUUGGAAUAUGAUACUUUAAAGCAUAUGGCAAAUAAAUCCUGCCCGGACAUAAAAAAAUCAAGCACAGCAACGGCACCUUUAAAACGUCCAAGUCCAGCCGAGCGCUACGAUAUUUUCAUCAACAAAAUAAAGCGCGAUUUAGUGGAAUAUGAAAAAUCGGCCAACAAGUAUAAAACGGACGUAACACACAAGCCGCCCUUUAACUACUCUCACAUCAUUGGAAUGGCAAUGCUGGAAAAUGGACGAGUAACAUUGCAGCAGAUUUGCACAUGGAUUGAGGCCAAAUUUGCCUUCUUUCGCGUGCGUAAAAAAUGGAACAAUUCCAUCAGGCACAACCUGUCGCUGCACCAUUGUUUUCGCAAUCUCAAACGCGAGGAAAAGGGCAAGGGAGGCUAUUGGGAGCUGGGAGUGGAUCCCAAGAAAUGUGAUAGAAAACGCAUUCGCAAUCGCAAAACGACCCAAUCGAAGUUAAACCCAGCUUCGGAUUUGUCCAAAAAUCAAAGUCCAUUGUCAAAAUAUCAAUUCGCCGACAAUGCAAUAAGAUCCCACAUGACUCAGGACUCACAUACGCCGGAUGAGAAGCCCAAAAAUUCCCGGCUUGAUAGUUCCGACAAUAACAUGGCCGAGCAGGAUAUGCAAUUGGAUUGCCUAACCCUAACGGAGGUGGAGGUUGGCUUGGGGCUGACAUUACCAAAUGUUCUGAGUCCUCGGGCGCACGAUCCUGACGCCACUUUCUUAUACCCGGAUACAUUUGCGGCUACCCUGACCACAAACAACGAAGCCUUUCAUCUGCAGCAGCAAUACGAGCUGGGCACCAUUAUAAUUAGCACGACGGGCAUCCUGGAGGAACCUUCUUGCCUGAAUAGCCUCAUCAGCAACAAGUUCGGCUGCUCUAAUAUGAUCUACACGGAGGAUGAGAUUCCCACAACAAGUAAGAAUGUCAUCAUUUCGUCGCAUAAAAUGGAUGCCAAUAAAGAUGCGAAUGUGGCAUUGAUUGCCAGCCCUGAGAUGCCCAUCCCUGGUAGCUUUACCAUCAAUUGCGAUUACUCAAAUUUUCGACCAUUUAUGGACAGCGUCGAUGAGCCCUACGGUUAUCUCCAGAGCAGUGAGAUAAAUCGGAAUGAGGACAUUUUGGAUAACCUGCUCGACGUGUGUGUUAGAGAUUAUUAAUAUUGACAAUAUCGCCAAAUUAAAGUGCACGU